AUGUAUGAAAGGCUUUCUAAAUUCGGCAACUUUCCUGAAAUAUGGCACGUUGGCGAUGGGGCCCACUUGGAAUCUCCUGUGGACGAGACCAUCGUGAACAAACAUGUAGGCCAUGCCGAACACCGUAAUACCGAGACCCUGCACCAAUUGGCGGCGGUUCGUAUCGCCAAAGCAGAGUCCAGGAAUAAGGCCUUUAUGGAAAAAUCCGUAGGAAAGAAGGGCAAUGGCUGGGACAGCAUUAAUUAUUGCAAAAACAUCGUUCAGCUCGAAAGGUCCUUCUCUCGGUCUAUGAAACAUGUUUGUUGGAGAUUUUCUUCGACUUGCCAAGCAAAACUACCUCGUGCAUGUGCCAUAAUGAAGCGUGCCAUAGAGCUUUGUGUGCCCAUCUUGCCCAGUAUUCCAUUCCCACCUGAAAUUCAUUCAGUGGUUCUCUCUGAUCUCUUCCUCGUCGCCCGCUCCACCGCGCGCGCCGCCGCGCUUUCCACCGCCGGAUCUGGAAUUCCGGCGGACUGCGCUCCGCCGCUCGAUUCCCCGCUAUCCAUCACCAUACGUACGGUCAGACUAUGUUUUUUCCUCAAAAUCCGGCCGAAUUUCAGGGCGGAGGGGGUGAGCAGCAGAGCCGAUGGCGCGGCCAGCGAGGUGGUCGGUUUUAGGUGGAUCGGCGGCGCUCGAUUGAAGUUGGCGGAGGCUGUGGAGGUGGUGGAGAUGGAUAGUCUGGCCGCCAUGGACGGUGGUCGUUGGUGGUCGGAGUUGAUUGCGAUUGAGGGAUUUAGAGUGGAAAAGAGGAGAAACGGACGCAGGCCACACCAACACAUGUGA